AUGAAAAGUGGAAAAUGGAAAAGAAGGGCUCGGGAGGCAGUGGUUCAUAUGGAUGGGGUGAGGGCAAUGGUUCAUGUGGAUAGGGUGAGGGCAGUAAGGGGCUGUCUUGUAGUGGAGCCUAAGGGGAAAAGUAGGGGAUUGGCAUUGUUAUGGAGGGAAGAGGUGGAACUAGAAGUUAUUAAUUUCUCUCGGCAUCACAUAAGUGCUCAGGUACUGUUUGGAAGGAGAAGAAUGCCAUGGAUUUUAAGUGGUUUCUAUGGACACCCUGAGGUUAGUAGAAGGAAAUACACUUGGAACUUGCUAUCCAUCCUGAAACCUACCAAUGAUCUUGCAUGGUGUGUAAUCGGGGACUUCAACGAGAUUAUUAGUCAAGCAGAAAAGGAAGGGAGCAGACCUAGAUCGGAGAGCCAAAUGGAAGAUUUUAGACAAUGUUUGGAAGGGAAUGGUCUUUAUGAUCUAGGAUGGAAGGGAUUGAAAUUUACUUGGAGUAAUAAACACUCGGAUGAAUCCUUUACUAAAGAAAGACUUGAUCGAGCAUUGGGAAAUAAUAGAUGGAUGGAGUUAUGUUAUGAAAGUCAAGUGGAGACCCUUACUACAAGUCAAUCAGACCAUUUACCUAUAAUGGUGACCAUAAGAGAUGAGGUUGUUGCUAUAAAACGCAGGAAGAAAUGCUUUAGAUUUGAGGUAAAAUGGACCUUGGAGGAGGAGGGGGGAAAGAUAGUUAAAGAUUCGUGGGUGAGGAGCCUUAGUGAAAACAAGUUCUUAGCUGAGGAGGAAUUGGGUGUAUUACUGGAGAAAGAAGAUUUGAAAUGGAAGCAACGUGCGAAGAGGAAUUGUCAAAGGAGGAAGAAGAAUUGGAUAAAGGAAAUAAAGAAUACCCAAGGCCAGAUACUGUCAGAACAGCAGCAGAUUGAGAAGGUUUUUUUCCAGCAUUUCACAAGUACUUUUAGCUCAUCAAGACCAUCAGAAGUAGCCAUUGCAAAAUGUGUAAGAGCUGUUGAAUCAAGAGUAACCUGUGAUAUGAAUGCUGAAUUGCUGAAAGAGUUUCAUAUGACUGAAGUUGAGGAAGCACUAAAACAGAUGGGACCUCUCAAAUCCCCAGGGCCAGAUGGCUUUGGGGCAUAUUUCUACCAGGCUUAUUGGAAUAUAAUCGGGAAGGAGCUUGUGUCCAAAGUGCUAGCUGACAGGUUGAAGAAAAUCCUUCCUUUUAUCAUCUCAAAUAGCCAAAGUGCAUUCAUCCCGGAAAGAUUGAUCACGGACAAUAUAAUGGUAGCUUAUGAGGCGCUACACACCAUGAAGACAAGGCUGAAAGGGAAGAUGGGAAGAAUGGCAAUAAAACUGGACAUUUUUAAGACGUAUGAUAAAAUUGAAUGGAGGGAAGUCCUUAAACCUGAAAGAGGGAUUCGCCAAGGAGAUCCAAUAUCUCCAUACCUAUUUCUGUUGUGUGCUGAGGGACUGAGUUCUCUAUUAGAAUCAGCUGAAAGACAAGGAGAGAUAAGGGGAGUAGCCUUUGCGAAGGGUGGGGUACAGAUUCAGCAGAUGGUAGGAGUAGCAACUUGUGGAAGCUAUGAAAAGUACUUAGGACUUCCAGCUUUGGUUGGAAGGUCUAGGUACAAUACCUUCAAGAGUUUAAAGGAAAGGGAAGAUGCUUGUGUUCAACAGCUAAUUGAGGGGAGCAGGGGUACCUGGAAGAAGGAUUUGAUAGAGUAG